GGUCGCAAGAUGCCUAUCGACGAAGCCCGCCGACUCGCUCGCACAGCUGCUGAACGGCGGAGAACAUUGUCCGCCGGCUCUGGACAGAAGCUUGGGGGAACACCACUCCUGAAGGGGACGGAUGUGCGGAGAGUCAUCGCUGAUGCCGCUCAACGACGCAUUGAUGUUACAAAAGGAUGCGCUUCUGGCUCCAGCGAAAGCGAUGAGCUUGUGGAAGAGGCUUCUCGGAACGGCUUCCGAACCAAGGCUGAAGAGGACGAUGCAAAUGAGCGGGCAAUAAUGGAGGCCUACAUUGAGAUGAUUCAGGAGGAUGAACGUACGAAAUGGGGCUCGUUAUAUGUCCCUCCUAGUCAACAGAAUCCCGCUGGACCGCGAGGAACUGUUUAUCCAAAUGCCGCACCUCCUGUCCCAGUGCAUUCGAGGCCCCGCAGGCAGCUGGUUUCUACCACGAGAACUCUAUCCGAAUCUGAACCUAAUUCUGGAGCGAAGAGCAGUGAUAUUAUAGACGAUAUACCAUGGUCAUGUUCAGUUUGUACACUCGAGAACCCUCCUACUUAUCUAUGCUGCGACGCAUGCAGCAGUGAACGACCUACACCCUCGUCCCUGACAGCCCAGUCUCGACUCGUGACGAAGCCUACCACAAGUCACACGAGGAGGGAUUUAUCGAAAUCUCGCAGCCAGUCAUCUUCUGAUGUCUCCAGUAGUCGAGUUCUCUCUCUUAAGAAGAAUGCCUUGGAAACUGUCGCUGCAUUGGAACAAAGCAGGUCAAAGCGGCCUCUUGGCUGGCUGUGCCAUGUAUGCGGUGCAUUUAUGGAAACUGAGUGGUGGACAUGUUCAGCCUGUGGGACAAUGAAAGCUAAUUCAUGAUUUGACUGUCUUAAUUAUCUGUUUUGGAGGAAUUACGAAUACUUAAACUUAUACCCUGAGCGAUGGUGUUAGGGAUUUCAAGAUCUGCCACGCAUUACAUAUGUACCAUGAAAUGUAUGAAAAUGACGAUUUGCUUCUAUACUUGAGUUAAGAACAUCUCUGGUCUUCUGAAAUUCUUGUUCUGUAUUUAUCAAUAAUGUACAUGCCUAUGUAUAUCCCACGUGACUUGAUAGAGUGCCGAUAUUGCCUGUGCGGCUACCCUAUGUUGUUAAUUCUGAGCGCCUGAGACUUCCUCAUCCGUCACAUGACCUAUCUAUUCCUGGAGUUAACUCAUAAUAGGAGUACAUAUGAUGAGAAGAUCAGUUACAAGC